AUGGAGGGAAACGAAUCUAAGCGACCUAUAGAUGAUGAUGAUGAGGCAAUACCGAUCGGAGCAGAUGAGAUGUGUAACGACGAUGAGAUUUUCUCCCGUACUCUCGUCGGAAAACUCUGGAUAGAAACCCCUUACAACACCAGAGCUUUCAAACAAACUAUACUCCAAGCUUGGAGAGCGAGGAACCCGGUUGAAAUCCAAGAUCUGAACAAAAAUCUAUUCCUUUUCAAGUUCACAUCUAAGAGAGAAGCAGAUCUGGUAUGUAAUAAUGGCCCAUGGAGCUUUGAUAGAAACAUCCUUGUCCUCAACCGCAUCUCCGGGACCGAGCAACCUUCGGAGCUAGCGAUGAACAGAUCCUCCUUUUGGGUUAAAGUUUACGACCUACCACUCAAGCUGCGAUCCGAAGCUAUGACACAAAAGCUGGGUAACAUCCUUGGAGUGUUUGAAGAAAUGGAUAUGAAGGAGAUAAACAGGAUGGGUAAGUUUCUCAGAAUCAAAACCUCUUUGGACCUCACAAAACUACUCAAAAGAGGUUCCAAGCUGCACUUCCAGGGUAAGGAUAUCUGGGUGGACUACAAGUAUGAAAGGCUACCAAACUUUUGUUUUGUUUGUGGGAGGAUUGGGCACCAAAUGAGGGAUUGUGAAGACAUAGAAGACCAUGACCAGGAAGGAUGUAGUGAAGUUGAAGAGAAAGAUCAAGCCUUUGACCCGUGGCUCAGAGCUUCGCCUCUCCCAAAAAUCACAUUCGAAGUAAGUAAGGAGUCAGGCUCUAGUGGCUGUAGUAAAAAUCUGUUUCCAGCACAAAGUAUCAGCAAGGGCCAGAACUCAGGAACGGCUAUGGAGAAGGAUGAAGAAGUGGAGCAGCCAAAAGAACCAAAUGUUGAGCAGAAUAAAAAGAAAAUCAUUGAUGGCAGCAACACUGAUGGGAUAGCAAAAGUAGGGGUACUGGUUCCAAUUAUCUAG